AUGACCAUCUCAGCGCUGCAAUUUCUUGUUUUGCACGAGAUGCACGAGGGAGAAUAUACCUCCGCAUGGAACUUAGUUGGAAUCGCUACUCGAAUGUCGAUGCAACUUAAGCUCUAUGAGUCCAACUCACCGGGGACAUUUCUGCAGCAGGAGUGCCGGCGUCGCCUAAUGUGGGCGGUGCUGGUAUCUGAUCUCCUUUACGAGAGCAACAGUCAUAUCAACCUAGAACUGUUGAUGGAUGUACCCUUACCAUGCAAUCUAUGGAGCUUCACCCAAGGACAACCUUGCAAGACUCUGACACUUCGUCAACUUCGCGGCGUGGUUGAAGAUGAGGCAAUAAAGCAGUCCUCUAAUCACUGCGCAUACCUGAUCAACAUUCUGGUGAUUCGACGCAAAAUCUUGACUUACAUGCAAGAAGCCCAAGACUCAAAGAUGGACUUGCCCUGGCUUCCAGGGUCUAACUUCUCCAUACUAUGUGAAGAGUUAGAAACAUGGAGGCGCAACUUACCAGCCAACUAUGCUUUUGUCGAGCGUCACAUGUACACUUUCAGAGUCAGCCGGCAUCUUGACAUCUUUCUCAUGAUCCAUGCGUAUUAUCACCAAUGCUGCAUCAUUCUAUUUGGCGCCUUCGUUCCCGAAGAUGUAGGCUCAAAAAUCCAACGCUUCGUAACGCAAAUUCCUCCCGAGUUCAUCCAGACUUGUUCAGAUCGCUAUGUCUCCCACGCCAGAGAUAUUUCGUUCCUGAUACAAAAGGUCUUAAAAGUCGAGCCGGAUCAUCUGUUCCGUGAUCCGUGGCUCAGCCUUUGUAUCUGGGAUUCGACAUCUGCUCUGCUCGCGUCAACUAGGUGGCAAGAAAAUAGGAAUUCUUACAGGGAUGAUGUCACGGAGCUGGUCAAGUUGAAUCUGCGAGCUCUGGAAAAUUCUAUGCCAAUUAUCGUCCUGGCUAAGAAAGUCGUGGGUGAUGCCAGACCACCUGAUUAG